GACUGUCAAAUAAAUGAAUUAAUUAAAGUCGGUUUUUCGCAGGAUAAUGUUCAGGAGUGGCAACUGAUAAACUUUUCAAUUAUUUUCUCUCAAAAAUGAAUUUUAUCGUGUUUGGAAUACUUGUUUUAACUUUUCCAACAUUUUUAUCUUUCCGAUGGGCUAACAGAUGCACCAUUCAUCCGAAGGGAUUUAUACCUGAUGGAGAACAUCGUGAAUACCAAGUUCCAGACAACUGUACAGAGGGUGCCAUCUACUGGAAAUAUCCAAAAGAGUACAUCAUUGUCAAUUUCACAUUAGAAAGCCCUGGUAACUUCUUGGUUUGCCUUAGAGAAAGCAUUGGAGGCAACAUGUUCAGCUUUUAUGAUAUCACAGGAGAAAUACGACUAAGCAUUCCAAAAGGCACAUGGCCAUGCAUAAACUCUCAGACUGGGAAUGCCUCUGUUGAGAUUCAUGCUCCAGAAAUGCUACCUUAUUUGGGAGCUAUUAAAUAUUCAAUUCAAUUCUAAAAUAUUUGCUUUAUAAAAAGAAAUGCAGACAUUAAGGUGUUCUUGUAACGUAUUUUGUUGUAACGUGCAUUGCAUUUUAAGAAAUGUAUAUUAAUUCUUUGCACCUCCUUCUUUAAGAAGUGAUGGGGUUUCGAAAGAAGUUGAAUGAAAGAUAUACAUAAUGAAUAUAGGGGAAAAACCUA